CCCGGAAGAAGUACAUCCGUUCGAGCGAAUGUUGAAAACAGUAUUGUUUACAACAACGAUAAUAGUAACUGCGCAUAACUGAAACUGAUGAGUGUCGAAUCCUAUUUUCUAUCGUCGCGUGAAAAAAGUUUCCCAAGAGCUCGUCUAAUUAACGGUAAAAGCCCUUUAGAACAUCAAAAGAUUCUAGAACUGAAGGAAAUGACCUAACUUGUGAAUUGAAAAAGUACAAGGACUACUUUAACUGUCGUUGCAAGGUCUUCAUUGAUAAUAUCUAUCGGAAAAAUGGUACGAGAUUAUUGGGAUGUGGAGCAGAUCAUAAGUGAGGAGGAGAGAAUCGACACGACCGCUUCGUGUGAGAUAUUUCACGGGGCGCAUUUGAUCGAAGGCGUAGGUAUGCAACAACGUGAGACCGGGAGCGCUGAGGAUCUCCUAGUUCCUGCCGGGAGAAAAGUAAAAAUUCCCUUCUGGCUCGCUUGUCAGCUGAGACAUCUAUCCCCGCUGUCAUUCGAUUUACCCGCGAUGUUUUGCGAUUCAGCAAUAGACUCACUGCAGGCAGACAUUGUAUUGGGUAGCUCAGCAUCGAAUCUUCGGAAGUACUGCGCAUUCUAUUUCGAAAUCGGAGUUCGAGUUGCCACGCUUUUCAUGAAGACCAAAAAAGCGAGGAACGACAUGAAUAGUUUAUGGUCCAGAGACAAAUCGUACAGAUUGAUUUCAAAAUUGCUUAAUAUAUAAUUAUACAACCUUUUGUCUUUCACUGAGUAAGUAGGAACUAUCGAGUUUGAUUUUGAUGUCGGGAUACUGAGUACUACUUGAUUUCGACUGAGAGCAUUCAGAUACAUCGAACGAUGGAGGCAGAUCGUUCAUGUCCUAAUUCGUACAUCUUCUUCUAAUGAGGAGAAUGAGGUGGGAAGUGCUACGGCAUCGCUUGAAGAUGGGGGCUCAAAGCAGGUGGCAAGCAAUAUUGACGAAGCUUUCAAAUAGCGGUAUCCUAGAAAGCGUGGGGAUAGAUCCCCUCUUUGUGCAAAAACUUACAUUUACUGAAGAAAACCUUUUCUUCGGAAUCCGAGAAGUAGAAAAGAACAUUCAGCUUGAGUUUCUCACUGCAAAAGAGGACCAGACAAAAAAAAGACGAAAAAUUGAAUACAAUUGAUCACUCUACUCUUUGCUUCGCUUCACAAUUUCCAUGCAUGUUUUGCACAAUUACACGCUCACACAUAGUGUGGGACUGGAAUAUCCCUGGCUACUGUUUUUUCGUCAGCGAUGGAGCAG